AUGGGCCGAUGUGUACAAGAGGCUUUAUAUUUUGAUGCGGUGAUCAUGAGGUUCAAGUGCAAUGGCAGAAUAGUUAGAGCAGCGAGCCAAGAUUCCCUCUGCGGGCUCCAAAAAAGAUCACGAGUUUUUAGUAGCAGGGUAUAUGAAACUCUAGAGCAGGUACCAGCUGUAACUGGCCAGGUCAGUAGGAGAGGAAUCGGGCUCGAUUGGGGAAGCACAUCAUCGCUGGAAUGGAGUGAUUCUGCACGGAUGGGUUACUGGCCUCUACCUUGUAUAAAGAGAAAAAACUAA